AGACUCUAUCUAUUCUUAUUCAAGUCCAAACAUCACACCACUUAACAACAACUCAUAUUUCUUCCCUUUUAUCAAAACGCAGCACCUGUUUGCGUUUUGCACUCGCCGGAAGUCCCAAUGACGAGCGCGGCGCGUUCCGACGGAGCCUCGCCGCCGAACGAGGAGGUCGAGUGGGAGAUGCGUCCCGGCGGCAUGUUCGUGCAGAAACGCGAAGCAGGCGACGGACCCAUGAUCAAUAUCAGUGUCACUCAUGGUUCUUCCCACCACGAGGUUUACCUCCCAGUUCAAUCAACUUUCUGGGAUAUUAAGAAACUGCUUGCACACAAAACUGGUUUAAAGCCUGAAGAGCAGAGGCUCUUCUUUAGAGGGGAAGAAAAGGAAAACGAAGAGCAUUUUCCCGUGGAAGGUGUGAAGGACAAGUCAGAACUUUUGCUUUUGGAGGAUGGUGCUAGUAAAGAAAGGAAACUUGAGGAACUUAGAAAACACAACAAAAUGUUAAAAGCUACUGAAGCUAUUGCUGGAGUCAGAGCAGAGGUGGACAUGCUCUCUGAGAGGGUUUCUGCAUUGGAAGUUGCUGUGGAUGGAGGGACCAAGGUUUCUGACAAGGAGUUUGUUGUGUCGACAGAGUUGCUUAUGAGGCAAUUGCUGACACUGGAUGGUAUUGAGGCUGAAGGGGAAGCAAAAUUGCAGAGAAAAGCCGAGGUGCGUCGUGUGCAGAACUUAGUGGAUACGUUAGAUUCUCUGAAGGCAAGGAACUCCAAUCCAUUUAGCAACAUUGGUAAAGCUGUCUCAGUAACAACCCAAUGGGAGACCUUUGAUUCUGGAAUGGGAAGUUUGAAUGCCCCCACCUCAAAUUCAUCUUCUAAAAUGUAACUCAAGAUUAGGAGCGGUUUGAUUAGCUCAGAAAUUGCUGUGUGACGUUCAAUUGUAAAGCAUGUUCAACACCAUAUUUUUGGUCCUUGAUUCUUUAUUCAAGGUUCAUUUUUAUAUUUUGCUUUCGAGAACGUAUCUGUAAGCUAUUUGACUGCCACAGGAGACACACUUUAAAGUCUGAAUUAGGGACAGGAAAAUGGAGGUGCAUAAUCUAGAUAUUCCUAUACACAAAUAUUUUCAAGGAAUCACGAAUCCAUUUAUUCUCA